AUAGCCACUGGUGGCGCUACGAUCGAGCCCAGUAAUUCCAGCCUAGUUCGGCAAGGGUGGAAACUGGACUUUUAAAGUCAGUUAACUCUCUUGCCUCGGGAAGAUGGGAGGAACGUUGUGUACACGACAUCUGUUGAGAGGACCCCUUAAUUGGACCUUAAUUGUGAAAACUGCCCUGCAGGAAAGUGAGAACUUUGAACCAUUGUAAGGUUACCUUACAGAAAUACAGGUAAAGUGUAUUUGUAAAUGUAGAUUUUUACAAAUUGUAUCUCAAUUACCGGUAUUAGAAUUUCCAAAGUUACAACAGUUGGACAUGUUUUUGAAGCAGUGGAAAAUAUUUUUUUAUACAUACCCCAGUUUAGUUGGAAAACUUCUUUUAUGCAUGAAAAUAAGCAAAAAUACCAUUGAUUCACAAACCGGUGGUGUGUUUUUUUUUGUGGAAGAUUGCUGAAGAUUCCAAUUUUUCUUGGGCAGGAAGACUCUUUUGAAUUCCAGCCAUGCUUCUUAACUGUUUUAUAUAGAGAUGUUGUCAUAUAUUGCUGUUAGACUUAAGUAUAGCUCCUUUAGAAAAACAUGAUUGUCAUAGACAAUUUAUUUGAUAACCAAAGACGACCAUGUGCUGUUACGAGGGAAUAUCAAUGUUUAUGUGCCAUGGUAGCUUUAUAAUACUGUGAUAUCUAACAUGUGACUUACAUAUAUAUAUAUAUAAAUAUCUGACUGUAUCAAGUGAUGCUGAAACUGCUCGUGUAGUUGUAGUGUAAACGAGACACACCCUGCAGUGGGGCAGAUUUACAUAAGAACUGAGACUCAUGACGGUCAUGUAGUCGUGCACCAGAAAUGUUGCUUUGGGACAAAGUUGAUGUCCAUCAGAACUGAGACACAUGACGGUCGUGUAGUCGUGCACCAGAAAUGUUGCUUUGGGACAAAGGUGAUGUCCAUCAGAACUGAGACCCAUGACGGUCAUGUCUUCGUAGUCGUGGACCAGAAAUGUUGCUUUGGGACAAAGUUGAUGUCCAUCAGAACUGAGACACAUGACGGUCGUGUAGUCGUGCACCAGAAAUGUUGCUUUGGGACAAAGUUGAUGUCCAUCAGAACUGAGACUCAUGACGGUCAUGUAGUCGUGCACCAGAAAUGUUGCUUUGGGACAAAGUUAAUGUCCAUCAGAACUGAGACCCAUGACGGUCAUGUCUUCGUAGUCGUGGACCAGAAAUGUUGCUUUUGGACAAAGUUGAUGUCCAUCAGAACUGAGACCCAUGACGGUCGUGUAGUCGUGCACCAGAAAUGUUGCGUUUGGACAAAGGUAUUGUCCAUCCAAACUGAGACACAUGACGGUCAUGUCUUCGUAGUCGUGGACCAGAAAUGUUGCUUUGGGACAAAGGUAUUGUCCAUCAGAACUGAGACACAUGACGGUCAUGUCUUCGUAGUCGUGGACCAGAAAUGUUGCUUUGGGACAAAGUUAAUGUCCAUCAGAACUGAGACACAUGACGGUCAUGUCUUCGUAGUCGUGGACCAGAAAUGUUGCUUUGGGACAAAGUUAAUGUCCAUCAGAACUGAGACACAUGACGGUCAUGUCUUCGUAGUCGUGGACCAGAAAUGUUGCUUUGGGACAAAGUUAAUGUCCAUCAGAACUGAGACACAUGACGGUCAUGUCUUCGUAGUCGUGCACCAGAAAUGUUGCUUUUGGACAAAGUUGAUGUCCAUCAGAACUGAGAUCCAUGAUGGUCGUGUAGUCGUGCACCAGAAAUGUUGCUUUUGGACAAAGUUGAUGUCCAUCAGAACUGAGAUCCAUGACGGUCGUGUAGUCGUGCACCAGAAAGGUUGCUUUGGGACAAAGGUAAUGUCCAUCCGAACUGAGACCCAUGACGGUCUUGUAGUCGUGCACCAGGCAACUCUAGGGCUGUAUCAUACUCUCUGUUGUGUUUCAAUGUCACCGUUGUUAGGUUGUCAUCAGAUAUUAAACACAUGUCUUUGUAGAUGCCAUCAUCAAAGGGCAGACACGUGCAGCAAACAUGCAGUAAGUGGACUGAAAAUGGUUUCAGAAGUCUUGUACACUUAUUUACAAUUCAUCUGUGUUCUUUAUAAAAAUACCGACUAAAAAACCAUGUUAACUCGAAGUCCAGGCGACCAUCACAGAAAGCAAGGAAUCUUGGCCCUAUAGCUGUAUACCAGUUUACUGUUUUGUGUGUUGAAACAUAUAAUUCUUUGAUCAAACAACAAGAGAUCCCUGGUGUUUGGUAAUGAAGGAUCAUUUCUGGGUACAGAUGAUGUCUCAUAGCUGUUGGAGUACACCAGAGAGGGCUAGGGACAAUGACCAGUAACUUUGUAGCUCAGUAUCAAAACUCAGGACAUUUGUUUUAGGUUUGUGGGUAUUCUUGAGUGUUCGAUGCAAUUUUUACGUUUGAAACCUCCAGGUUACACUGGUCGACUCCAAAUGAAACUCAAGCCUUGUGUCAAAUACUCAUUAACACCCGCAAAUCUGACAACAGUUCAAAAUACAUUUUGUCUCGGGACAAUGAGAUCAUGACAUUAAUAUUUAGUAGUAUUUAUGAAACAUUUCCUGUAACGUCAGUUGCACUGUUCAGUAUCAAUCUGGUCACUAAUCCUACCAUUAGGGAUCUAGCACAUUUACUUGGAUACAGAAGUCAAUAUAGACUUGGAUGAUCCUGAUAUAUGCAAAAUCUGCUGUUUCUGUGUUACUAAACUCUCCAUUGGGAUAACCCUUUAUUCCACAUUUCAGGAAAUAAAAUAACACAAUUAGCUAACGAUAUUACUUUAAGAUGUCAGUAUCCCUAUGGAAGGUCGAGUAGUGUAGGUAUUUGAAGUAUACUACUCAAAAGAGGUUAAAGAUCACCUGUCUUUUUUCAUAUGACAGAUAUUAAUCAGUCAUGGCUGAUGCGUCUUGCAACACAACCUUCCAAUUGUGUGUCCUUAACUUGUUUUGAGUAGUAUAAUUUAUGUUUUGUGGAGGAAAAAUCUCUUUUACUGUUGUCGUACUUCGUAGGCGAUGUUCAUCCCUUCAGUUAAAAGACCAAAUGGAGAUGAUUUUGACUUCGUGUUUAUAUUGAAAUGUAUAUGAACUGUUCUGUUUUGUGCUUUCCACAAGUGGAAAAAUAUGGUCAAACAAAGUGCUGUUUUCUUUUGAUCCUGUUUCUUUAAACCCAAAUCAUAUUGUUUGCAUGGCUUGAAUACUUUAUGAACCUGUUAUAUUGUGUGAACUCACUGAAGGCACUGUUAUUAAUUUUCAUGUUUUAAAUUGCAAUUGUGAUAUUAGCGUUUUAGUCAUUACUAGGGCUGGGACGAGUCCAAAUUGACUACCCGGGUACCCAACCCCCUAUUACCCGACCCUACCCGGGUACCCGCUGUAGGUCUCAAGAGAUAGGUACAAAAUGUCUGAUUGGGAAACGUUUAACCGUACUCCUGGCAACAUGUAUUUAGAUACAGGUUUAAAAUGAGCUGGCCAUGCAUACACUGAAGUUGACUGAAGUUUUAUCUUUAUGCAAACAUAUAAAGUCAGAAGGAAUGUGUGCAGAGUCGGAGAGAAAUGUGAACA